CCUGUAUCCAUGGCUAGAGGAAACCUGACAACAGUUAGCGAGUUUGUCCUCAUGAGCUUCUCAUCCCUUCCUACAGAAAUACAGUCGUUGCUCUUCCUGACGUUCCUCAUCAUCUACCUGGUCACCCUGAUGGGAAACAGCCUCAUCAUUCUGAUUACCUUAGCUGACCCCACGCUGCAUAGUCCCAUGUACUUCUUCCUCAGGAACUUGUCCUUCCUGGAGAUUGGCUUCAACCUCGUCAUUGUGCCCAAGAUGCUGGGGACCUUGAUCGUCCAGGACACAACCAUAUCCUUCCGUGGCUGUGCCACUCAGAUGUAUUUCUUCUUCUUCUUCGGAGCUGCUGAAUGUUCCCUCCUGGCUACCAUGGCAUAUGACCGCUACGUAGCCAUCUGCUAUCCCUUGCACUACCCCGUGACCAUGAACCCAAGGACACGUGCCAAACUGGCUUUUGCCGCUUGGUUUCCAGGCUUUCCCGUAGCUACUGUGCAGACCACAUGGCUCUUCAGCUUUCCAUUCUGUGGCGCCAACAAGGUGAACCACUUUUUCUGUGACAGCCCACCUGUGCUGAGGCUGGUGUGUGCAGACACUGCACUGUUUGAGAUCUAUGCAAUGGUUGGAUCCAUUAUAUUCAUCAUGAUACCGUGUUUGCUGAUCCUGUGUUCCUACACUCGCAUUGUUGCUUCCAUUCUCAAGAUUCCAUCAGCUAAAGGGAAGCAUAAAGCCUUCUCUACCUGUUCCUCCCACCUCCUUGUUGUAUCCAUUUUUUAUGUAUCUUUAAGCCUCACUUAUGCUCGGCCUAAGUCCAACAAUUCUCCUGAGAGCAAGAAGCUGCUGUCAUUGUCCUACACUGUUGUGACCCCCAUGUUGAACCCCAUCAUCUAUAGCCUGAGAAAUAAUGAAGUGAAGAAUGCUAUUGGCCGGACCUUCCGCAAGUUCGUAGGCCUCAGAAGCUGCAUCCUGUAA